AGGUCUCCCAUCAUGGGUAUAUCAAACAGGGACGUAAACGAAGAAAAACCAAACAAUGGAUCAAUUUUCCCGAUGAUUACAGAAGAAGAGCCAAACAAUAUAACCUUUAAUGAUACGUUAUCAAUGAAACAACUAGAGCGUAACCUAAUUACAAUCAACGUUUCUGGUCUAAGGUUUCAAACUUAUGAAUCAACAUUGGAAAGAUAUCCGUCGACAUUGCUUGGCAAUUCAUUUAAACGAAAUCGUUUCUGGGAUCCCAAAAAUGAAGAAUAUUUUUUUGAUCGGCAUCGUACAAGUUUUGAAUCAAUACUUUAUACUUAUCAAAGUGGUGGCAUUGUGAAAAGGCCAGAAUCGGUACCAAUCGAUAUGUUUAUCAAAGAACUCAAAUUUUUCGAAAUGGGUGAAGAAUUAUUGGAGAAAUUUUGGAUUAGUGAAGGUUACGAAAAACCGAAAGAGAUUCAGAUGCCUCAAAACAUGUUACAACGGCAAUUAUGGGAACUGGUGGAAUAUCCGGAUUCCUCAUUAUUCGCUCGUAUAUUUGCGCUUCUCUCUAUUUUCGUUAUUAGCAUCUCAAUAAUAUCAUUUUGUUUGGAAACACUACCAUCAAUGAAAGAAAAUGCGGGUGAUUUACGCGACUGGUCUAAUCCAUUUUUCUAUAUUGAGUUGUUCUGUAUUAUUUGGUUUAGCAUUGAAUUAUUGCUACGAUUUAUAAGCUGUCCGGAUAAGUUCAGCUUUCUUCGCUCUUUUCUCAACAUUAUCGACUUUGUUGCUAUUGCUCCUUUUUUUGGUAAUUUAAUGUGGAUGGAUUCAACCAAAUCCAGCUCAUCAAUGUCAUUCGCUGUAUUACGUGUUCUGCGAUUGGUGCGAGUAUUCAGGAUAUUCAAACUCAGCAGACAUUCAGUUGGCUUGCAAAUCCUUGGCAAAACAUUUCGUGCAUCCAUACAGGAAUUUUGCCUUCUUAUUUUUUUUAUGGUCAUUGCUCUGGUACUUUUCUCCAGCGGUGUUUACUUCGCUGAACAGAAUGAACCAAAUACAAAAUUUACCUCAAUUCCUGCUUCUUUUUGGUUUGUUUUGGUUACAAUGACUACAGUCGGGUAUGGAGAUUUAACGCCGACUGGAGUUUACGGUAAGCUAGUGGGUGGCUUGUGUGCAUUAAUUGGUGUAUUGACACUUGCCUUACCCGUACCUAUUAUUGUAGCAAAUUUUAAGCAUUUUUAUCGACAAGAAACACGACUAGCACAGAUGCGAGCAUCAGUUGAGGAAGAUGAAACAAAUUCAGAAGAAUCAUCCAAGUCUCCAUGACAAUUAAACAACGAAGCGGCCUGGUCAAGCACUUUUUCCAUCGCAAACCUUACCGCUUCGUUGACCACUUUCACGACAUCCACCACAUCUUCAUAUUGAAACGACUAAUUGAAUGACAGAAAAUCAGUCGAUUAAAAUUUACCUGACUGUUGACGAGAAAAUCCAUAUUUUUUGAUACGGG